UGCUUUAUAAGAGCGCCUCGCCUGCAAAGGUUGACAGACACAAGAAGAGAGCUUCACUAUACGUCUGGAGCAGAGAGCUGCAACUAUACCUACUGCACCAUGAGGUUCAACACGUUGUUCUUUUUGCUGAUCCUAUCCGGUCUCUGUCUUGCAUUGGCACAAGUUUCCUAUGAUGACUGUUGUCUAAAGUAUGUGAGAAGAUUGAGCAAAGGCACUCAGAAACAUGCAGUGAAAUACAGAGAACAGAAAACAGAUGGAGGUUGCAACAUCCCUGCAAUAAUCUUCACCAUGAGGAGGGGCCGUAUGAUUUGCGCAAACCCAAAGGAUACAUGGGUGAUAGAACUGAUGGAGAGAAUUGACAACAAAAAACCCCACAACAAGCACCAUCUACAAGGACAGAAAAGCUGAGGGUGAUUGUAAUAUCUUAUCAUUAAGUAUCAAGAGGUUUUAUGGGGAAGUUAGCGCAUCCUUCUGGAAGGCAAUCAAGGAAGUUUGCCAAGGAAAUCUUUUAGCAUUGCUUUUGCUUUCAUUCUGCUUUAUCACAAUAAUGACAUUGUUUAGGGUGGAACAGCUGAUGCUGACCAGCCACCACACAUUAAAGUGCCUUUAAUAGUAUGGCUGCUACAAUGAGAAUAUUUGUGCCCAUUUUCUUGCUU